AUGGUGCGUCGAAUAAAACUAAUACACGAAAUUCCAAACGUUGAAAAUACCAUCCCGGUAUCUUUAUAUCAGUCAUCUUCGCCAGAAAAAUUUUCGGUUGAAGAUGAUGAUAAAUUUGUUCUUUACGCUGGAGGCUCAGGCUAUAAAUUUGAAAUCUUGAAUAAUGACCCAACCCACGAUUUGAAUAUAAAUGGUCUCGAAUUACAAAAAACUUCAUUGGUAUCCUUAUUCGUUUUGAAUACAAGCUUUAUCAUAUGGUUCGAGGAACUAAAUAAGGGAUUAGAUAUAAACUAUCAAUCGAUAAUUUUGCAUGCAUUACAAACCAAUUCCCAAUUAUCGCAAAAUCCCAUUUUAUAUUUACAAUUACUUUCAAACGAUUAUUUACAAAGCUUGCCAAAACAACCAACCGAAUUUGUAUCUUCAAUCGAAUUGGUUAUAACGACAAACAAUGAUGGUAAACCUGGACCCAAUGAACAGAAUCCAUUAUUUACAGUUCAAGAACAGUCGAGCCUCACAGAUAUAUAUGAUGCAUUAUCUGAAUGUUCGUCAUUCCAUGAUUCGGAAGACGAAGAUGAAAAUAUCGAAAACCCUAUGUCUCAGUUUGCUUCCAUUGAUGAAGUAUCACAGCCUGCUUUAGAAGUCCCAUCCUCUUGGUUGCAAGACGGCGGAGAAGCAAUUUCAAUGGAUACGGAAUACGAAACCCACGAAAGCAUCCCUUUUAGAAAUUCGGGUGAUGCAGACGAUUUAGAAAUCGACGAACUUUAUGAAGAACCCAAUAAUGGUGCUGCUAGUAAUCAAGUGGCAGGAAUGCACGUUGAUGUUGGAUUUGCACCCAUAGUAGGAAGUGUGAGAAGAAGAGACGAUAACGAGACCUCAGAGGAUGAGUUUUCUAAAACAAGACGAUUAAGGUAA